AUGCAUCCUGCUCAAAUCGUGAUGCUGAAGGAGUGGGAUGCUAACCUGUAUGCGCUUGUGACCAGCUACAGGUUUGAUUUCCUUCUGUUCUUCAUUGCUGACGUGCUGGAGCAGUUAAACAUCCUCAACCGGGCUUUCCAGCACAAGGAGCUGGAUUAUGCUAGUGUCCAUGCGCAGAUAAAGCGCACAACCUCCCAUAUCGAGAGCCGCUAUGUCGACUGCGGCGAUGACUUCGGUGGCGGCGUGAGCGAGCGGUUGUCUCCUUUCCUCGUACGUCAUGGGCCUGGAGGAAACAGGGAGGUGACUGCCGAGGGUGUUGACUCCGACGGGCGACCAACACGCUUCACCUUCAAGCUGCAUGAGGACGACCUGGAGGAGUUUCAGGGUCCCGGGAAUCAUGAUGGCUGCGUGGACGUCUGCACCAAGUUCGCGAAGAAGAUUGUCUACGAGCUGCUUUCACGGCUUGGCGACCUGGAGGGAAUGUCAGGGGCAAAGCUGUUCACCCCUGAUGAGUGGCCGCUGGAACAUGGAGAGAGGAAUACGAGAUGCCUCGAGUGGCUGGAGUCCCUGGUCACACUCUUCAAGGCCGACAUGUGUGAGGAGAUUCGGCCAAGUAAGCACCGAAUUCCCUAA